UUUUUGGAAAAGAAGAAUUUUGAAUUUGAAAAUUUGAAAUAAUUUUUUAUUUUCUUUUGAAUGAAAUGAAUAAUUUUGUACGAAAGUUUAGAUAGAUCUUGUAAAAAAUUACUUCGUUGAGUGAGAUUUACACUUCUGCUUCAUUCGGUUCUCCAGUUCUACGUGUUUUUUACGUAGUGUUUCUUUUGAUGCAAGUAAAUUUGAACUGAUAAACAUGCCGGUAUUAAAAUUUCCUCUGAUGCAAGAAUUUCGUCAAAAAUUCGUCAUGACGAAUAGAGAAAGAUUACAGUGGUUCCCAGGACACAUGUCAGGAGGUAUGAAAAAAAUGCAACAGAAACUGUCUAGAAUUGACUGCAUUAUUGAAGUUCACGAUGCUCGGAUCCCCAUCACCGGAAGGAAUCCUAAUUUCAAGCUCGAGUUUUUAGGAACAGGCAAACCUCAUAUUUUGGUAUUGAAUAAGAUGGAUUUGGUCAACCCGAAGUUCUAUCAACCGAUUACUGAUUAUAUUUAUGCUUCUGAGAAAAUCGAUAAAGUCUUAUUCACCAAUUGCAAAAGGGAUAAAUCAGCUGAAAUCAAAAACGUAAUACCUGAAAUAAAAAAAGUCAUUUCGCAAUCUAUGCGAUACAAUCGUUCGGAAAAUAGAGAAUAUGGUGUGAUGAUAAUCGGUGUACCGAAUGUGGGCAAAUCUUCGUUGAUAAACGCUGUAAGAGCAGCUACGUUGAAUAAAGGAGGAGCAACUCCUGUCGGCGCCAGAGCUGGUAUUACCAAAAGUGUUCUAACUCGUAUUAAAAUUAGUUUCGAACCUCCGGUAUACGUAUACGAUACACCUGGUAUAUUGACUCCGAAGAUACCGAAUGUUGAUGUUGGCAUGAAACUAGCUUUGUGUGCUUGUUUUCAAGAUCAUAUGGUUGGAAUUAUGGUCAUAGCUGAUUAUAUUUUAUACUGGAUGAAUAGGAAUUACAAUCAUAGCUAUAUGGAUUUUUUCGGAAUUGAGAAACCGUGCGAUGAUGUUUAUCUACUGCUAGCUCAAUACGCCAUUAAAAAAAAUAUGUUCAAUAAUCGAAAAGUUGCCAAUAAUAUGGAACGUAAACCAGAUAUGGAUUUAGCUGCGAAAGAUUUCGUUCUUGCUUUUAGAAAUGGCACGUUGGGGCCAGUUUUAUUGGAUGCCGAUAUUCUGCCUUGAGAAUACGUUCGAUUAUUCGAACUGGUUUACUUCUUCUGUCUGUGAUACAGUAUUUUUAAGUUGAGAAAAAUUCGUAAAUGGUUUUUAGCGUGUUGAUUCGUUACUGGAAAUAAUAAGUUUGAACUACUCUAAAAUGAUUUUUCCACUAUAUGGAACUGAAACUGAACUUUAUUACAUCAUUUUUACAAAACAAAACCUUAAAAUACUUUUUAUAAUUAUCACCGAGAAACUUAUAAUCCUGUACAGAUUUUCUUAUAACGUACACUCCGACGUUAUAUCACCAUUAAUUAAAAACAUAUCAUAUCACACUACACUCGACAUCUCGCAGUAUUCAACAAAAUAAUAAAUAUUUAGCUGUGCUUGACUAGCGUGUACUGUUGUGAUCUUGAACGCUAACGAAAAAAUUUAAAAUUAUUUUACAAACCGAAAUACAUACGUAACUUAACCAGGAACAUGAAUUUAAAUCUUAAAGUAUAUAUUUUAUCAGA